GUGCUGGGAUGGGGGAGGGGUGCUGUGCUGCUGCGCUGCCCUAAAACUGACUCAAUUUCCUUCCACUCAAAUCGCUUACUGAGUUCCUGCUCUGUUCAGUUAACCACCCCGGACCCUCCUCAGAUGCUUGCUCAGUUCACAUCCCCAAAGUCCCUCCAUUCAGACCCUGGGGAGGUGUAGCAUCUCCUGAGGAGCUAGCUCUUUCCUGAAGCUGGGGAAGACUGGGGGAGGGGCGCCCCGACAGUUCCCAGUUUCGGCUUGAGCCCCCCAGGGGAUGGACAGGUAGGCAAGGGAGGAAGGCAGGGGAGGGAGAGGUCAGGGCAGAGGACCACUGCAAAGUCUGCAAGGUCAACCCCCCAUUCCCAGAAACUGUCCCCUCCCACCUCCACCCCCACUGUGGCUCGGCACCGGGAGCCUAGAGCCGCGGGGUACUGUGGCCAGAGACAUUUGCAUGUGGCCUCGAGGCGCUGGCGCAGGGUCCGGCCUAAUUGGGCACCUGACGGGGUGGAGAGAGGCUUCAGGGCUGAGCUCAGGCUGCUCUGCGCGGAGCACCCUAAGACUUCUCUCUCGGACGCAAGAAAGAGGCGGUGGCAGAGCAACCUGGGUCGGCCCGGCCGCGCCCCGGCGGCGAGGAGAGGCCACGGGCACCGAGAGCCCGCCCAGCGCCCAGCGCCCAGCGGGGCUGCCAGUGCGCUGCGCAGCAUGCGGCCCCCGAGCCUGGAGCGCACCCCCGCGCCCCGCGGGCCGCCCCUGCGCCGGCUCCUCCUAGUGUUGCUGCUGCCGCGGCUGGUAAGCGACGCCCACACCACGCCGGGCACCUCCAGCUCCGCGACCCGGCCGCCCCCCACCAGCUCCCCAAGUCUGCGGGAGCGCGCGCGGGCCCUGAUGCGCGACUUCCCUCUCGUGGACGGCCACAAUGACAUGCCCCUCGUCCUGAGGCAGUUUUACCGCCUGGGGCUACAUGAUGUCAAUCUGCGCAAUUUCAGCCGUGGCCAGACCAGCCUGGACAGGCUUAGAGAUGGUCUCGUCGGUGCCCAGUUCUGGUCAGCCUACGUCCCAUGCCAGACCCAAGAACGGGAUGCCCUGCGCCUCACUCUGGAGCAAAUUGACCUCAUCCGCCGCAUGUGUGCCUCCUAUUCUGAGCUGGAGCUUGUGACCUCAGUUAAAGCUUUGAACAACACCCGGAAGUUGGCUUGCCUCAUUGGUGUGGAGGGAGGACACUCACUGGACAGUAGCCUUUCCAUCUUGCGUACCUUCUACAUGCUGGGUGCGCGUUACCUGACGCUCACUCACACCUGCAACACACCCUGGGCAGAGAGCUCAGCUAAGGACAUCCAUCCCUUCUACAACAAUGUCAGUGGGCUGACCAGCUUCGGUGAGAAGGUGGUGGUGGAAAUGAACCGCUUGGGCAUGAUGGUAGAUUUGUCGCAUGUCUCAGACACUGUGGCUCGGCGAGCCUUGGAAGUGUCACAGGCACCUGUGAUCUUCUCCCACUCGGCUGCCCGAGGUGUGUGUAAGAAUGCCAGGAACGUUCCCGAUGAUAUCCUACAGCUUCUGAAGAAGAAUGGUGGCAUUGUGAUGGUGUCUUUGUCAUCGGGGGUGCUGCAAUGCAACCUGUUAGCCAACGUGUCCACUGUGGCAGAUCACUUUGACUACAUCAGGGCAGUCAUUGGAUCCAAGUUCAUUGGAAUUGGUGGAGAUUAUGAUGGGGCCAGACGUUUCCCUCAGGGGCUGGAGGAUGUGUCCACAUACCCAGUUCUGAUAGAGGAGUUGCUGAGGCGUGGCUGGAGUGGGGAAGAGCUCCAGGGUGUCCUUCGAGGAAACCUGCUGCGGGUCUUUGGACAGGUGGAACAGGUACGGGAGGCAAGCAAGGGGCAAAGGCCCUUGGAGGAUGAGUUCCCGGAUGAGCAGCUGAGCAGCUCUUGCCGCUCCGUUCUCUCACGUCUGCAUCAGACACAGUACCCUGCUCCAUACCAGAAACUAACUGAGAUUUCACCUGAGUGGUCCCCUAAACAGUCAUUGUCAAAAUCUCUCCCCAUCAUGGCCCCAGGCCUCAUAGUUAUUGCUGCUUGUUCAGUCCUCAUUCUGUGGUUCUGGUGACCCAGUUAAUCCUACCAAAUGUCACUAUUGCAGCUGCGGAUACCCCACAAUGUUCCCCCAUCAUGCAGGCACAAACAUUUCCUGAAAUAAAUGUUUUACACAAGAAA